AUGGAGAAAGACAGCGGCGGCGGAGGCGGAGGCGGGGCGAGGAGGGUGACGUCGCUGAGCGCGGCGGGCGGGAGGGAGAUGGACUCGCCGCGGUUCCGGGCGAUCCUGCGGGCGACCAGCGGGCGGCGCAAGCCCCGCCCGCCGGACGUCAAGAGCUUCUCGCACGAGCUCAACCCGGGGAGCGGCGGGGCGGCGGGGCACCAGCCGCACCACCUGGCGGCGCGGAACAGGCCGCGCGGGGGCGACGAGUUCAUCGGCGUCAUCAAGACCAAGUUCAUCCGGCUCAAGGAGGAGGUGGACGCCGAGCUGGGCGUCUUCGCCGGGGACCUCGUCGGCGUGCUGAACCGGACGCCCGACGACGGCGACGACGACAAGGAGGACCAGCAGAAGAAGGAGUGGCGCGUCACCCUCGAGGACCUGCUCGUCGUCGCGCAGAAGUGCGCCGAGAUGAGCCCCGAGGAGUUCUGGGUCAAGUGCGAGGGCAUCGUGCAGGCGCUCGACGACCGCCGCCAGGAGCUCGGCACCGCGGGCGGCGUCCUCAAGCAGGCGCACACGCGCAUCCUCUUCAUCCUCACCCGAUGCACGCGCCUCCUGCAGUUCCGGAAGGAGCUCAACGGCUACGCCGACUACGACAAGCACCAGCACAUCCUCGGCCUGCACCAGCUCAGCGACCUGGGGCUCUAUCCGUUACAGGCCGGCGACGGCGGCUCCACCGACCUAGGCCGUAGGAGCACCUCCAGCCUGACCGAGCUCAAGGAGAGGCUCAUAAGGAGGAGGAUGCUGGAGCACAAGCACCUGACGCUCGACUUCGCCGGACGGCACUUCUUGGCAGAGCCCGUCGAUUCCCCGGGUAGUGGCAGCAGUGGCAAGAUAUCGUCUUGGAAGAAGCUGCCGUCGCCUGCCGAGAAGAACCGGCACAAGAACGCGGAGGCCAAGGAGGACAAGGUCACGCCAACGAAGAAGGCGAUAACCAGGAACAAGAUCGACGUGGAUGAGAUUGUCGAGAGGAUCGACGCCGCUAGCAUUCACCCGGACGGCCUGGCUUCCCUUGGGGACUCGGCCGUCAAGGUCGAGAUUUCACCCGAGUACCCAGGGGCCCAGCAAAUAAUCGUCGAUGGGAAACCGAGGAUGAUAUGCAGGAUCUGCGAUUUUGAGAUCCCCAUGGCGUGUGCCGAAGGCCAUUUCAUAGUAUGCACGCUAGCUGAUCGCUGUGAUUCCAAGGGCUUGAGUACUGACAAGAGGCUGCAGAGGGUCGCUGAGGUCCUCGAGAGGGUCCUUGCUUGCUUUGAAGCAAAGACCCCGAAUGACCCAGAAUUUAAUCAUCCUGACAACGCAAGAGCUAGCACAUCGAGUUUAACUGAAGAAGAAUCUGAUGGAUCCAUGGAUCAUGACAAUGACUUGUCUCAACUGCUGAAUGUGCCAUCGUCAGAAUUGUUUUCACAAGGAGCACUGACAACGGCAUCAGGAAGCUUGUCACAGUCACCAUUACUGACACCAAGAACUAGCCACGCAGAAUCACAACUGACUAAAAACAAGGCGUUCGUCGAGCUAGAGAAUUUUCAGCAGGUUGAAAGUUUACUGACUAUCGCUAGAGGCAUUGAGAGCAUAAAAAGUUCAGAGUACAACUCACUGGAGGACUUGAGCUCUUACCUUGAAGACCUGAAUGCUGUCAUUGACACGAGAAAAGUGGAUGCACUUGUUGUGGAGACGUUUGGAAGAAGGAUAGCAAAGUUACUACAGGAGAAAUUUAUGCAACUGUGUGGACAAAUAGAUGAUAUGAGCACUGAUUCAUUAGGUCCAAUAGAUGAAGAUGGUCCUUUGGAGAAUAGUGUAAACUCGAGAACAAGCCAGCUGAACGGAAAAUUUAAGGAUCGUACCUCAAUUGAGGACUUCGAAAUUAUAAAGCCAAUCAGCCGUGGUGCAUUUGGGCGUGUAUUUCUUGCAAAGAAAAGGGUAACAGGAGACCUCUUUGCCAUCAAGGUAAUGAGCAAACUCUUCAAAAGAAACCAUGGACCAUGUGUGUUGCUAGUUUUGUUUGCCUCAAAAUGUGCCCUGCUAGCCCCUGUAGUGAUUUUGAACUCUUACUCCUCGAGCUUGAUGGUAUCAUCACGAAUGCAGGUGCUGAAGAAAGCUGAUAUGAUCCGCAAGAAUGCAGUUGAAAGCAUCUUGGCGGAGCGUGACAUCUUAAUAUCAGUCCGUAACCCGUUUGUGGUUCGAUUUUUCUACUCCUUCACAUGUAGGGAAAACCUUUAUCUUGUUAUGGAGUACUUGAACGGAGGAGACCUAUAUUCCCUCUUGAGAGGCUUAGGUUGUUUGGAUGAAGAUAUGGCAAGGGCAUAUAUAGCAGAACUGGUUCUUGCAUUGGAGUAUCUGCAUUCUUUGAAUGUGAUUCACCGUGAUUUGAAGCCCGACAACUUAUUAAUCUCUCGUGAUGGCCAUUUAAAGCUGACUGAUUUUGGACUAUCAAAGGUUGGUCUUAUAAACAGCACAGAUGAUUUAUCUGGUCCAGAUGUCAGCAGUGCACUAGCUGGUGACCAUCAACCAACAGAUGCAGAACAACGUGCACACAAGCGAGUGCAGAGACAAAAGCAGACAGCUGUGGGAACUCCCGACUAUUUGGCCCCUGAGAUACUGCUAGGGAUGACCCAUGGUCCAACUGCAGAUUGGUGGUCAGUUGGUGUCAUUCUCUUUGAGAUUCUUGUAGGAAUUCCUCCAUUCAAUGCUGAGCAUCCGCAGAUAAUAUUUGACAAUAUAAUGAACCGGGAAAUACCUUGGCCACAAGUACCAGAAGAACUGAGCUUCGAAGCAUACGAUUUGAUCAACAAGUUGCUAAUUGAGAACCCGGUACAAAGAUUAGGUGCAACCGGUGCUGGAGAGGUAAAGGCCCAUCCGUUCUUCAAAGGCAUCAACUGGGAUAUGAUUUCUAGACAACAGGCUGUGUUUAUUCCUUGUACGGACGAUGAUUAUGAUACGAGUUAUUUCGCCUGCCGUCAUGCGUGGGGUGCUGCUGAUGAGCAAGUCCAUGCAGCCCCCAACGAGUAUGAUGACAGAAGUGAGACUAGUAGCAUGAGUUGUGGCAGCAGUCCACGCAGUUGUGAUUAUGAAGAAGAUGGCGAUGAAUGCGGUAGCAUGGAAGAAUUUGGACCUCCACUAUCGGUGAAAUAUUCUUUCAGCAACUUCUCAUUCAAGAAUAUUUCCCAGCUAGCAUCGAUGAACUACGAUCUAAUAACGAAGCAUAACGAGGAUCCUUUGCAGUCUUCGAAAUCUUGAUAGUCACCAUGACAGAUCAGUUCCUUCAACAAGAUGACUAGUC